AUGGGGCAAGAAAAUAAAUCUACCACAACAGAUUUCAUUCUCCUUGGUCUCUUCUCAAACUCUCGACAUCCUGGUUUUCUUGUUGCCAUCGUCCUUCUGAUUUUCAUUGUGGCCAUCACUGGAAACUCUAUCUUGGCCUUGCUGAUAUGGAGUGAUGUGAAUCUCCACACACCAAUGUACUUGCUUCUUAGCCAACUCUCUCUCAUGGACUUGACACUAAUCUCCACCACCAUCCCCAAGAUGGCUGCUGACUUCUUCUCAGGACACAGAAGUAUCUCCAGCAUUGGGUGUGGAGUUCAAAUCUUCCUUUACUUGAUGUUAGGAGUGGCUGAGUGUAUUCUCCUGACCCUCAUGGCCUUUGAUCGCUACUUGGCCGUCUGUAAUCCUCUAAGAUACCCAGUUUUCAUGACACCCAGAGUCUGUUUGCAAAUGGCUGCCGGUUCAUGGGCUGGAGGUAUUCUUAUAUCCCUAAUGCACACAACUUAUUCCAUGCACUUUUCUAUUUGUGGCUCCAAGGAAAUUCACCAUUUUUUCUGUGAAGUCAUGGCCUUGUUGAAACACUCUUGUGAGGACACUUCCACCUAUGAGAAAGUGAUCUUAACAUCAGGUAUCAUUUUUCUCCUUGUCCCUUUUGGACUCAUCCUGACUUCCUAUAUGCGCAUCUUCCUCACAGUCCUCUGCAUGAACUCCUCUGAUGGCAAGAAAAAAGCUCUGGUCACUUGCUCCUCCCACCUUGGUGUAGUGAGUCUCUAUUUUGGUCCAGCCAUGAUUAUCUACAUGAACCCAGGUUCCUCCCUCCCUGCAGAGGUGCACCAACGCAUUUUUGCAUUUGAUAUUCUCAUCACCCCAAUGCUGAACCCCUUAAUCUAUAGCUUGAGGAACAAGGAAGUCAUGGGGGCUCUGAAGAAAGUGCUGGUAAGAAGACUGAUGGUAAAACAGCAAAGGUGA